AUGAAUAAUAGGGUGAUCAAGCCAUCGCCGCACGUGAUGGAGUUGAUCCUAGAACACGAAGGCGCGGAUGUCGAUCUGCGCAAUAAGGAGGGCAAGACACCGCUGCUCUGUGCCAUCGAGAUCGAGCACCCGGUGGCGAUGUUCGAGAUCACCAAGUCCUUAUUGGAGGCCGGGGCAGACACGAGGCUCCGAGACAUCAAGACGAAAGAAUCGGUCAGCGAGCUCUUGCGGAAGAGGAUACGGACCAGACGUAUGGUGAGCGAGGGCGCGCCUGGCUCGGGAGAUGAGGAAGCCCAGCUGUGUAGGAUGAUCGAGCUCGCAGAAGCCGACAGACAGAUCGGCGAUGAUGACAUUGCAAGCGAAGACGGCGGCUUCACCAUGAUGCUUGGUCUUGAUGACGACGAUAUCGCUUCUGAUUAA